AUGCCCCGAGCCAAGCGAGCCAAGGUCGUGUCGCUCACACGCACCGACAAAAAGACAAAGGAGGACAAGGCCAACCUGAUCGACAAGGUGCGCGAUGCUGCUCAGGAAUACCCUUACGUCUGGAUCCUCGGCCAUCACUCGAUGCGCAACAACUACCUUAAGGAGGUGCGCGACCUCUGGAAGGGAAGCAAGAUCUUCUUCGGCAAGCUCAAGGUGCUGGCAUUGGCACUCGGAAUGACGGAGGAGGAGGAAGUAAGGACAGGCAUCAGCGGCAUCAGCCAGCGCUUGUCUGGCGACGUGGGCCUGCUCUUCACCGAGUCGCCUCCCGCAGAGGUGAUCGACUGGUUCAAGGACUACCAGCGCGUCGAUUUCGCACGUGGUGGAUCCAAGGCGACCGAAACGAUUGAAUUGCCAGAGGGUCCCGUCAUGGCUCGCUCCAACCCACCAGACACGCUCCCGCACCCCGUUGAGCCGCAGCUCCGCCAACUCGGCAUGCCCACCGAGUUGAGGCGCGGCAUCCCCACUCUGCUGCAGAACUACACAGUAUGCAAGCAGGGCCAGACGCUCACGUCAAAUCAGGCGCAGAUCCUCAAACACAUCCUCGUCCACAUGGCUGCUUUCCGACUCAUCCCGCUCGCCUACUGGAGUGCAGCAGAUGCAGAGGAGGACAAGGCCGAGCGAGGGGUGCACCUCAUCGAGCUGUCCGAACGCGAUCAGGAGCUCGUCGGCAAUCAGGCGGGGAAGCUGCGUGCUCCCAGCGACAACGGCUGGUCCCGAGACCGCAAAAGCAAUGGCGCUGCCACCAAGAAGGCUAACGAUGAAGACGAGGACGAGGACGAGGAUGACGAGGAGAUGGAGGAUGAUGACGAUGAGGAGGAGGAUGGUCAGGAUGCUGAAGACGCCGUGACAAAAGACAUGAUGAUGCCCGAAGGUCUCUGA